AUGUAUCGUAUAACUACAUUGUACCUGUCCUAUGCUACCAGUACCGAUAUUAGGUAUGAGCGAACCGAUAGCCAGGCAUUGCCAGCCGUGACCAUAUGUUUUCAUAAGCACCUGUACUGGAAAACUAAUAAUAAUAAUAACAAUGGUACAAUUGAUAAUAGUGAACAACUUGGCCAGCUAAAUACUCUGCCAUUGGAUAAACAAUUUGCCAAUUUAAGAUACCGGAGCCCGCAUACCAUGGGUUUCUAUUAUCCGAUAGUGGCGGCUGGUAAAAUGAUACAAUUUAAAAAUGUAUCCAGCUCAUUAAAUCUGCUACACUAUUGUCGUACAAUGUUUCAACAGUGGCACCGGGAGCCAGAUGAUCUGUAUGCUACCAGUAUGAAUAGUAAAUCAUCAUCAUUAUCAGCUAAUAGUAUUGGCCAGGUUUAUAUCAGCGAUUAUUUUACAAAAAACAUGUCAAUGGUUUUCAUUGUACAUCAUCGACAGCGUCGGGUAUACGAUAUAUUCAACGAAAAUGUCGAUACUAUUAGUGUUAACAACAACAAUGAUGGCCAACAACAACAACAACAACACCAUUAUCUGGUCAAACAUCGUAAGGUAGUUAUCAAACGGCCACAAUUGCGGGACAAACCCGCUAAAUGUUUGUCGCCCGUCGGUAAAACUCGGGACCAAUGUUUGACCGAAUGUAUUGUCGAAAAAUUCGAUACGGAUGGCUACAGUUAUCCGUAUUUAUGGUAUCUAUACUAUGAAUAUUAUCCGUACGGGAAUAUUAAUGUCGGGAAUAUUAUCGACAAUUUUCCCGAUCCUAAUAAAUUGAAAUCAAUUCAACAAAAAUGCGGCCAAUUGUGUAACCAGAAACUAGAGUGUAUUGAAUGGAUUUAUUUUACCCAAUUGGUUGCCGACAAACAAAAUCUGAUACCACAAGUGUCGACUGUGGAUCUAAAACUGCUGAUACCUACCGAACCCGAUACCAUAUAUGACAUGUCCUAUAAGCUAUCUAUCGAAGAGUUUGUCUGCCUGAUGGCCAGUACGGUUAGCCUAUGGUUUGGCGGUUCGGUAUUGAUGUUGACCAAUGGGUUGAAGGAUGUUUCGAUAAAUGUGGUCAACAUGUUAGGCAUACACCAGCACCUGAAAUUUGUUGCUAAAACACACGAUAAAGUUAGCUGCGGCUACGAUGCCUGUCCACAGCUAAAUGCCAGCAAACUGAACAUACAUAUCAUAGCCCAUAGUCACGAUGAUGUUGGCUGGAUGUCCACUGUUGAUGGCUAUUACAAUACGGAUACCAAAUACAUCAUAACAAAUGUAGUCAAAGCACUUGUAGCUAACCGGGAACGUCGGUUCACACAAGUAGAAGUCUAUUAUUUUAAUAGGUGGUGGCGUCAACAGAACCGGGAUGUUAGGGAACGGGUGCACGGGUUGGUCAGGGAUGGCCAGCUAGUGUUUGCCAAUGGUGGCUGGACAGUUAACGAUGAGGGUACGGCAUACUAUCAAAAUAUUAUCGACCAAAUGACAUUGGGACUUAAAUUUUUAAACCAAACAUUUGGCCGAUGCGGCCAUCCGAAAGUGUCCUGGCAAAUCGACCCGUUUGGCGCCUCCCUUGAAAUGCCCACACUGUACGCCCUGAUGGGCUACGACGGACACGUGUUUACACGCGGUCCGACACCGGGCGAGUACGUGUGGCACACGUCCCAUGAAUUGGCUACACAUUUGUUUACAACAAUAUUGCACGGUGGCGAUAAUUUCUACUAUCCCCCUACUGGUUAUAAUUUUGAAAAUACCGAAAAUCUGGUCAACCAGUUGAAUGUUGGCAACAAAACCGGUAAACUCAUCGAAAUUGGUAGGCAAUGGGACCGCGAUUACGGCAAUACUGGUCACGUAUUGAUGACAUUUGGCGGCGAUUUUUUGUACAAAAAAGCCGAUCAAUGGUUCGAUAGUAUCGAUCGGAUGGUUGCCUUUGCCCGACAAUAUCAUCCGGAUGUCAAUAUACUAUACUCGACACCCGAUUGCUAUGUAAAAGCAGUUAACGAAGCAAUGGUCAGUAAUAGCAGGGUAUAUGAGGAAAGGACAGUUGACUAUCUAUCCUAUUGGGUGGGCUACUACUCGAAUAGGCCGGCCCUUAAAUAUCAGGAUAGACUGACCAACAAUAUAUUACAGGCCAGCAAACAGUUGGCAGCAACGGCUCGAUUGGAUUACCGGAAAAAUCGGCCGCAUUUGGAUGAAGCCCGCAAUCAGUUGGCAGUUAUGACACAUCACGACGCCAUCACUGGCACUGCACCGCAGGCCACUGCCGACGACUAUACCAGUCGACUGGCGAGCGCCUAUUCGGCAGCAAAAGUUAUUAUUGGUCAGGCCUACAACUAUGUCAAACAUACCGGUGCCACAAAUACUACAGACAUACAAUUUUGCGAUAUGUUAAACAUAACCAGGUGUACAGUUACCGAAACUACCGAUCUAUUGGCUGUUACAGUCUAUAAUCCAAUUGCACGACCACUGGUCACUAGAGUAACGGUACCCGUUGUUGUUGUUGCUGGUGAUGGUGACCAGUACUAUGAUGUGUACGAUCCGAACGGUAUAUUAGUAUCCGAUAUCAAUCUGAUGCCAAUUGCCGAACACAUUAGACAACUGGCCGAACGUAACGGUAGUCAAGCAACACAUCAAUUAAUUUUUAGUGCAAACAUACCGGCGCUUGGAUUCAGUACUUAUUUUCUGAAAAAACAACAACAAAAAUCAGUUAGAAAAAAACGAUUAACAAAACGACAAACAAAAGGGGAAACACUGUAUAUGACAGGCAAAGGAUUUACAUUAGAAAUCAACAAAACUAACGGUGCAUUGCAUACGAUAACCUUAGCAAAUGGACAGUCCUAUCGACUGACACAAUCGUUCAAAUGGUAUAAAUCCAGACAAUAUGGUACCGAAAAACACCUGUCGGGUAGUUAUGAUUUUUGUCCGGAUGGCGAGGCCCGGGAUUAUCAGGAAUCGCAGCAGACAUUGAUAUCGACAACUAAGGGGAACGGUAUGGACGAACUGAACCAACAGUUUGGCGACUAUAUUCACCAAACAGUUCGUACGUAUUCGGAUAGUCAGUUCAUUGAAUUUGAUUGGACAGUCGGUCCGAUACCGGUGGACGGCGGCGACAGUUUAGGCAAAGAGAUUGUAACACGUUUUCAGUCGACUGAUCUGCAAACGGACGGUAUAUACUAUACGGAUGCUAAUGGCCGGCAAAGUAUACGCCGACAAUAUGACCCCACGAGGCUGUCGUGUGGCGAUAAUGUCAUAUCCGGUAAUUGGUUUCCCGUUUACAGUCAUAUUUCGGUUGUCGACGACAUCAAUAAUAUACAGAUGUCGGUAGUCAACGACCGAACACAGGGCGGGUCAUCGCUGAUGAACGGAUCAAUUGAACUGAUGGUUCACCGCCGACUACGACAACAGGGUUACGGCGGUAAUUUCGUAAUCAACGAACCGGGUGUCGAUGGUCGGGGACUAGUGGUCAGAGGUCGACACUAUCUUGUAUUCAAUACACCGUCAAUCACCAGGAAAUUAGUGAAAAAUCUAGCGGAACGUCUAUCAGCAGCACCUAUACUAUCGUUCAAUACUAUCGAUACAACUAAUAUCGAUGACUAUCGUAGCAAAUAUCAGACUACUCAAUGGUCGCCAAUUGGCCAGCCGUUACCCGAAUGGAUACGAUUGUUAACAUUGGAAAAUUGGUCACAGACUGAGCUAUUAGUACGUUUAGAGCACAUGUAUGAACAGUCAACUGUCGAUAAUAAUAAUAAUAAUACUAUCGAUGCUAUGAUGACUACCGUAAAUUUGGCCAAACUAUUCAAUGUGUUUCAAGUGUUAUCGGCUAUUGAAAUGAAUUUGGCAGCCAAUGAACGAUUGGCCGAUAGUAGACGUUUGAAUUGGACAGCCAAACAUGAUUAUUAUGGCAGUUCCGGUGGACCACCACCUACAGGUGCUAUCAGUUCAGACAAUCUAACCAUACAAUUACGGCCACAACAAAUACGUACAUUUAUUUUGAAAAUUGAUGACAACUAUCAUAGAGAGGCUAAAUGUACGCAUAGUUGGCUAACUGUCGACCAGUCAUCAACAAUACCUACCGAAGCGGUUACCGCUGAUAUCAAUGACACAGUUGUUGGUAAUAUAUGCCGUUUUGAACAAAAUCAGAGAUUUAUUGUGGGAAUGGUUGAUAAAAAUCAGGGAUGUGUUGCUACUACUACUACUGAUGGAAAAGAGGAACAGUAUGUUAAUAAUAACGAUACCGUCAAACCGUUUCAGAUACUUAUUGCUAGUUAUAUGCAAUGGGUUGGCCGUCACGGUGAAGAUCCCAUACCUGACGGUGCACUAAUUGUUGACGACAGUGUCGAUAAAGCUAACAGUGCUUAUAUUGGCCGGUGUUUAAUACAUGGAUCACAUAGAUUGCUGGACAAUAGAUCUGAAGUAAUUGACGAAAGUUCUGUUGGUUUAGAAGUUGGCGAUUCAGUUGGCGGCUUAGUUGGUUGA